GAUCUGUUGACUUUGUGCCUUUAGGGUCUGCUCCCAACGAUAUGGAGCUGAUGGCCUCCAUGAUGCAGAAGAUUGCUUCCUUGGAACAGAGCAUCAAGAGCCAAGCACGGGCAAUAUACCACAAGGAUAAGAAGAUCGAGGAGCUUGAGGAGCAGAUAAAAGUCCUUAAGAAAGGGAAAGCUGAAUCUUCUUGGAUGAGCAGAGCAGAGGAACUGGAAGUGAUAUGCCUUAAGUUGCAGCAUCAGGUCUGGGAAAUGGAGCUGUUUCUGAAUGACUAUGGAUUGAUCUGGGUUGGAGAAGGGACAGACUCUUUGGGAGAAGUGGCGGCACAAAGUGAUGAAAGGAGUGAGCUGUCAAAGCGUUACUGGAAACCAGGUGAAUCCAUCGUUUCAGAAACCAAUUUUGAUUUAAUUUUUGCAAACCUGAAAGAUUUAAAUGCUUUGGCUGGGGAAGGCAUGUCCCAAAUCGAGCACACGGCAGGGGGUGCUAGGCUGAAGCAGCUGGACUCAAUCCCCCUCACCUUCUAUCAAAAUGGGAUUGUCAUGUUCAAAGGGCCUUUCCGGUCAUAUGAAGAACCUUCCACGCAGCAACUCCUACGAGAUAUCAUGGACGGUUACUUCCCUUCUGAGCUGCAGAAGCGUUACCCAGAUGGUAUCCCAUUUCAGGUAUGCCACCCCCUGCUCUCCUACAGCUUCCUGUUUAUUGAGUUCUUCGUUUGCAGAAGUUUCAUUUGCUUAUCAAAAAUGUGGUCUGAAGUUAGAGCAGCUCCAUUGUUUAAGCAGAACUGAGAACCUCUCUUUGCUCUAAGCAGUUAUAAUGUUUUUUCCUCUUUCAGGAACUGAUUGUUCUAUAUAUGAGGAACUAAGAGUGCUUUUUGCUUAAAAAACUGGAACACUUUUCAGUUCUUAAAAAUGGAGAUUCCCUCCUUA